AACCGUCAGUCAGUGAAGUGUCUUCUUCGAUGUAACGUGUACAUUUCGCCGGAACACGAUGACCGCCCUCGGUGGAUGCCUUAGCCUGGUCACGCUGGUGGCCGCCGGUAUUCUACUCCGGGCGACCGUUUCGCUGUAUUCCUACUCGGGCCAUGGAAAGCGUCCGAUGUUCGGCGACUUUGAGGCCCAGCGUCACUGGCAAGAAGUGACCGUGAAUCUGCCGAUUGCUGACUGGUACCGCAACACAACGGACAAUGAUCUGCUGUACUGGGGACUGGACUAUCCACCGUUGACCGCCUAUCACAGCUUCCUGGUUGGCAAGUGGGCCCAGCUUCAGGAUCCAAAGUUUGUGGAGCUGCACAAAUCGAGAGGAAUCACCAACCAAGGUCACAAGCGCUUCAUGCGGAACACGGUCCUGCUCGCCGACCUCCUUAUCUACAUUCCAGCCGUUCUGUUGGCCUGCCACGCAGUUCGGAAGACGAUCCACCGGGAGAGUGCCACCGGAGUUGAUCUGCUCUUCAUGGCCACAGCGAUUCUCUACCCGGGACAGCUCCUCAUCGACAAUGGACACUUCCAGUACAACAACAUCUCCCUCGGAUUCGCAGCAGCCGCGAUAGCGGCCAUUCUCCGCAACCGGAACCUGCUAGGAGCCUUCUUCUUCGUGCUCGCCCUCAACUACAAGCAGAUGGAACUGUACCACGCGCUGCCAUUCUUCUUCUACCUUCUCGCAUCGUGCUUCAAAUCUACAAAAGGAUUCAGCCUCGGAUCAGGACUAUGGAAGCUGAUUAAACUAGGAGCCCUGGUUUUGGCGACUUUUGCCGUGCUGUGGAGUCCUUGGUUGGGAUCGGUGGACUCGGCGCUGCAAGUGCUGCAUCGAGUGUUUCCCGUGGCGCGAGGGGUAUUUGAGGAUAAAGUUUCGAAUGUUUGGUGCAUCGUGAAUGUUUUCGUCAAACUCAGAAACUUCGACAACGCCCACAUGGCCAUCGUCUGCCUCACGUGCACCCUGUUCGCGGUGCUCCCGAGCUGCGUGCACCUUCUCUUCCAUUCCACCUCCAAGCGGAACUUCCUGCUCGCCCUGGCCAACUCCGCGCUCGGCUUCUUCCUGUUCAGCUUCCAGGUCCACGAAAAAUCCAUCCUCCUGGCGGCUCUUCCGAUUACGCUGCUUUUCCCCCUUUAUCCAGCCCAGUGCUUCUGGUUCCUGCAGAUCGCUACCUUCAGCAUGGUCCCUCUGCUGGCUAAAGAUGGCCUCGUUGGACCGUAUCUCGGACUUACGGUGCUUACGCUAGCCUUUCUUAAGAUUUCGCUGGGCUUCCUCACCAACUUUACCCUCAAACCGUCCUUCUGCACGCUGGAUGCCUUUGGCGUUGAGAGCCUGUUUAAAGGAAAACGCGCGAUUCCGUCCCGCUGGGACAUUUCCCUGGUCCAUCUCUACUACGCGUCCCUCGUGGCCCAAGCGAUGCUGCUGUUGGCCUUCCAGUACGUUCCGGCGCCACCCCAGCUGCCCUUCCUGUGGCCGCUGCUCAUCUCGGCGUUCAGCUGUGGACACUUUGUGCUGUUCUUCGUGUACUUUAACUGCCAGCAGCUGCUUUCGAAUGGAGAUUUGAAGAUCGUAGAUAAGAAGGACGGUGCUGUUGGGAAGACGAACAAGCGAAAGGUCAAAUAAAGAGUUGGACUGAGAGUUGAGCUUAGAA